CUUGCGCUCUCCGCGUCAUCCCACGCUGCAAUGUUAUGGCGCUGUGUGUGAGCUGCUGGAGGAGGAGAGUAUUGGCGGGCACGACGUUGAGCCAUUUAACGGUGUUCGGGCGAAGCGUUCGGUCCGCGGCAGGACGGCAAGGCGGCAGCAGAUGGGAAGGAGUUGUGGGAUUGGAAGUCCAUGCUCAGCUGUACUCCAACUCCAAACUUUUCUCGGGGUCACAGGUGCAGUUUUCAGCACCUCCAAAUUCAUUGGUGUCAUUUUUAGAUGCUUCGCUUCCAGGCACUUUACCAGUUCUAAAUAAAAAUUGUGUCGAAGGAGCUGUGAAGACAGCAUUAGCUGUAAACUGUACUAUUAAUAAGAAAUCUACCUUUGACAGAAAACACUACUUCUAUGCUGACCUGCCAGUUGGAUAUCAGAUAACACAGCAGAGAUGUCCAAUUGCCAUCAACGGAAGCCUCGAAUACAACCUUUGUAUUGGGAAGAACCAUGUGAUACCCAAGCUCGUGCGAAUUAAACAGAUCCAACUGGAGCAAGAUAGUGGCAAAAGUCUUCAUGAUGAUGCAAGAACUCAGACAUUAAUUGACUUAAACAGGGCUGGGAUUGGUUUGAUAGAGAUUGUUAUGGAACCAGAUAUGUGUUGUGGUGAUGAAGCUGCAGCAGCAGUUAGGGAGCUUCAGCUUAUUUUACAGACGCUCGGGACAAGCCAAGCAAAUAUGGCAGAGGGACAGUUAAGAGUGGAUGCCAAUAUUUCAGUACAUCGACCUGGGGAACCAUAUGGCGUGAGAGCUGAAGUGAAAAAUAUUAACAGUGCCCGAUUUCUGGCAAGAGCAAUCGAUUAUGAAAUUCAGAGGCAGAUUAAAGUUCUGGAGAAUGGAGGGGAAAUAUUAAAUGAAACAAGAGCAUUUGAUUAUAAAUCAGGACAGACCAUAUCUAUGAGAGACAAAGAAGGAAAGCAAGACUACAGGUUUAUGCCAGAGCCAAAUUUGCCUCCAUUGAUUAUUUACGACAAUGAAACUCUCCCUGAUCAUGAAAAUCCGCAACAAGUGGUGAAUAUUGACCAUAUUCGUGAACAGCUGCCUGAGCUACCUAAUGCAAAAAGAACAAGAUUGGUGGAGAAGUACGGUAUUCUUAUUGAACACAGUGUCACUUUGGUGAAUGAAGAUGGACUUAUGCAAUUUUUUGAAAGUGUUUUAGAACAGACCCAAGCCGGUCCAAAGAAGGUAAUAGGUUGGGUAAUUAAUGAUUUUCUGGCACUCCUAAAACAAGAUAAUCUGAGAGUAAACCAAAGUCCCAUUAGACCCACCGAUAUGUCAGAAAUACUUAAUCUCUUGGAAACUGGAUCUAUAUCUUCGUCUGCAGCAAAGCAAAUACUACUUGAAUUGUGGAAGGGUGAAGGCAGAACUGCAACCCAAAUAGUUGAACUAAAAGAAUUGGGAAUGAUCAGAGACCAGAAAAAAUUAGAACAAAUCUGUCAACGUGUUAUUGAGGAUCAUCCUUCAGAGGUUUCUGAAAUACAGCGAGGAAACUGGAAAGUAGUAAAUAAACUGAUUGGCCAGGUUCAGAGAGCAACACGUGGUUGUACAUCCCCCAUCCAGUGCCAGAAGGAGGAUAGGUGGUGGAUGGUUGCAGAUGCUACUACAAGAUGGAGAGUGGAGAGCAUUCUGUUGGCUGCAUCACUGCCUGAUACGGAGGCUCCGACACUCAAAAUCGCAAGAGGCUGCAGAGGGUUGGAAGCUGAGCUAUCUCCAUCAUGGGCGUGGCUCUCCCCACCAUUGAGGACAUCUUAAAGAGGUGCUUCUUCAAGAAGAUGGAUCCCAUCAUUAUGGACAUUGACCUUCCCGGAUAUGGCCUCUUCUUGUUACUACUGUCAGGGAGGAGGUACCAGAGCCUGAAGACCCAUACUCAGAGAUUCACGACUACUUCCACUGCUCCAUCAUCAGAUUUCUGAAUGGUCCAUUACUAUUUAAUUAUUCUUUUUUUUGUACUAUUUAUUUAAUAGUGAUUUUGUGUCUUUGUUCUGUACUGCUGCUACAGAACAAUAAAUUUGAUGUAAUAAA